GGUAGGCUUUUCUUCACGUCAAACUAUUCAUGAUCAAAGAUCUUGUCUUCUCAUUUUACUUGAACAAUCCGUUCACUUUUUCUUCUCGCUACCACUUUUCGCGCUCUUUCUUCUUAAUCAUAAAUUCAAGUGUUUACUUAUGGAGUCUGAUGUGAAAUGGUCAACAUUGGAGCUUCCAUGAGGCAGUAACUUACGAGGUCAUGAGUGAGCAGAAAGGGAAAGUUCUGACAGUCAUACUGGAUCAAUUCCCUUCUAUGAAGAUAAAUCACUGUUCUUAAAGUAACAGAAUCACCUUGUCGAACCAAAUGAGCAAGUCUCUGGUUUUAGCCUUUUACAUCACCAUAUGCUGCAUCUCUUUUGUCAUUUCCAAGAUCAUCAUCUCAAUUCUCCUCUACAAAAGAUGGAAGAGGAAGCACAUGGUUUAUGACGGAGUUUAUCCAGGUAUAGCAGGAAAAGUAAUCAUGAUUGUCAGUCUGGAUUCCCUGAGAAGUGGGAAGAUGGUGAUAUUUAGGUGUUCAGUGGUUCAAUCUCUGACAUCUGAUGUGGUUUUAAAGAAGACAUUGAAACUGAGCAACAAGGACAUUAUUGGAUCUGGUGGGUAUGGGACAGUUUAUAGACUGCAAAUAGAUGACUCCACAGCCUUUGCAGUGAAAAGACUCAGCAAAGGAACUGCAGAUAGAGAGAGAGGCUUUGAGAGAGAGUUGGGAGCAAUGGCAGACAUAAAACACCGCAAUAUUGUGACUCUUCACGGUUACUAUACUGCCCCUCACUACAACUUUCUCAUAUAUGAGCUCAUGCCUCAUGGAAGCUUGGAUUCCUUUCUACAUGGAAGAUCAAAGAACAAGUUGUUUCUGGAUUGGCCAACAAGGUACAGAAUAGCCAUAGGUGCUGCCAGGGGAAUAUCAUAUCUUCACCAUGAUUGCAUACCUCACAUUAUCCACAGGGAUAUCAAGUCAAGUAAUAUAUUGCUGGAUCACAGCAUGGAGGCUCGAGUUUCUGAUUUUGGAUUAGCCACCUUAAUGGAACCGAACAAAACUCAUGUUACAACCAUUGUGGCUGGCACUUUCGGAUACUUAGCCCCUGAAUAUUUUGAUACGGGAAGAGCAACUGUAAAAGGGGAUGUUUACAGCUUUGGAGUUGUAUUAUUGGAGCUUUUAACUGGGAAGAAACCCACUGAUGAAUCAUUUAUAGAGGAAGGAACCAAGCUUGUCACGUGGGUGAAGGCUGUAGUUCAAGAGAAGAAGGAGGAUCUAGUUCUUGACAAUACCUUAGGGUCUUGUCCCAUGCAAGAGGUAGACAAUGUGUUCGACGUUGCAAUGAUGUGUCUUGAACCAAAUCCUCUCAAGAGACCAACCAUGGCUGAGGUUGUCACCUUACUGGAGCAAACAUGCCCUCACAAACUUGUUAAAUCUCCCUCCUGAACCUGAUAGGGUUAUUCUGAAGAUUCGAGUGAGAACUUGUUCUGUUAUUAUAGGAAACUUUAGACAUUGCAAUUAUGCACAGUAACAUUAUUAUAAUUGAGCAUGACAAUAGAUUAAGUAUGUGUUUGGAAUCAAGUUGGAGUGGCACCAAAAUCACAUUUUGCGAGGAGUAAAACUCUCGUUUCUUUUGCGAAGGUCACAUUUUGGCACUUCUAAAAUGUGGUUCCAAACAUGCUGUAAGAUGUAUAAGGCUGAAAUAGGAAUAGGACAAAAUGGAUGUGGCUCUUACAAACGGUGUAAUUUGUUUGAAAAUUGUGAAUUAACAUCCAAAUCUUUUUUUC